UCCGCUGGGUCGGCAGGGACGGGCUCCGGGUCGGCGUCGCGCAGUCCCGGGUGUCGUGGCGGGGUCGCUCUUCACGCCUCACUGCGGCGUCGCGUCGAGUCCCCGAGAGCUCGGCGGGCUGUGGGGAGACAUUCAAGAAUUAAAUUCUGAGUGAGUCUACAAGCAGGAUGGACAGUUACUUUAAAGCGGCUGUCAGUGACUUGGACAAACUUCUUGAUGAUUUUGAGCAGAACCCAGAUAAGCAAGAUUAUCUCCAAGAUGCACAGGAAGUAUAUGCUUCUAACCACUGUUCAGUUUCUUCAGAGUCGGCCUCUCCACAGCUAGCUUUACUACUGCCAAAGGAUGAAAGAUGCAUUGGUAGUUGUGCCUCAUCAGAGAUGUGCUGUGAAACAAAUGAGACUUUCCUCAAUGAGAAAACACAUGAGGGGUUAACUUGUAGACAGAAUGAAAAAAAUGUAACAGGACUUGAUCUUCUUUCUUCUGUGGAUGCUAGUACUUCAGAUGAAAUCCAGCCUUCAUGCAUGAGGAGAUGUAGUAAGCCUGUCUGUGACCUGAUAAGUGACAUGGGUAACUUAGUACAUGCCACCAGUAGUGAAGAAGACAUUGGAAAGCUGUUGCCAGACGACGCUAAGGCUAGUGCUGAUGCUUUGAUCACACUGGACUCGUCUUCGGUUUCAGAUACUCUCACUGUUCCUUCGGCACACCAUGGUAGAGAUGCUGCUGGAGAAGAGGAGAAUGACAUCAGCUCUGGCCUACAAAGCAGAGAUGGUGGGAUGAAAGAAUUGAGUGUAAAAGUAGACACAGCACUUUCUGAUUCUUGUAAAUAUAAAGAAACUGUAAAGGAUGAAAAGAUUUCUAAUGAGUUAGAAACAAUUGAUUUUGCCAUGUCGUCUGCUUUGACUGAACAAAGUUCUAAAGCGUCUAACACCAAAGAUGACCCACAGUACGAGGGGCUUUCUUGUGAGUUUUUAAAAGGUGAUGGCUGUUUGGCCAGAGAGAGAGCAGGCGUGGCAGUCACAAAUACAGAGUGUUUCAAAGAAGGAGGUAACACAGUUGCUGUGCCUUGCAGUCGUCCAAAGAAUGAAGGGAUAUGCCUAAGUGACACAGAUUCAAACGAUGGAAAUCUCAACUUACCUGACCCUUCCUUUCAGGAAGAGAGAACUGCUGUGUUCACAAAACAGUCUGUAAAAGAAGACUCAAGAAGUUCAGACCUUAAAGACAAUAGUGAUACAGUUCAGGUAUCCUCUUCAUCUUUACAUGUUUCCAGGGAAGCUGCACCCUCUCCACUGUCUUGUCUUUCAUUGUCUGGGAUCUUGUGUGGACCGUUAACUGACAAUAACAUGCAUGGUGAUUUUGUACCUCCCGAUGGGUCUGAGGAUCAGAAAGGUGAUGUAAUGACUAUACAUGAAGAAAUACAGAAGAGUGCUGUUUCAGAUGGCGAACUCAUGAGGGAGACAGAGCAUUUGAAAAAGGAAAAGUGUAAGAACAUAUUUCUUCAGCCAGCCAAUGAAAAGAAAGCGGAUGGAAAGGUUGAACCUGAGCAGAUGGUAAUCAGUGGUGAAUCUUUGGAGUACCCUGAGGAUGUAGCUGCAGAGUCUCAAGAGGAUGUAGCUGCAGAGUCUCAAAUGGCACUCUGUGCUUCGAGUGCCCCUGAGUCUCCUGACGGAUGGGAAGGUCUGACUUUUGCCAGCAGUGAUAUGGAUGGACAGGAGUUAGAUUACUUUAAUAUUGAUGAAAGCAUGAGAAGUGGCACGCUAAUUAGUGAUGCUGAACUUGAUGCUUUCCUGAAGGAACAGUGUCUUCAGAACACAAUGUCUUCUGAAGACAGUGUAAGUGAUUUGCAGUCUCAGAUGAACCAGGUGGAUAAGAAAGGAUUACAUGAUGAAAAUGCUGGUGAUACAUAUUUUAAUGCUGAAGCAGGAGCAGCUUGUGAAAAUGGAGGUGAUGUGAUUUGUGAAGCAAUUACUAAAGAAAACACAGUAGAAAAUGGUGUUCGUCCUGUAGGAGACAGCACAGUUCCAACUGAAAGAGGGUUCCCUACCAGUCAGUCUGACAUAGUGAAGGAAUUGCCGGUCCCCAGUACUAACACCCAGGCUGUUGGAGGGGCCAGACCUAAGCAGCUGCUUAGCCUUCCACCAGGAACAAGGAGUUCAAAGGAGCUCAAUCGGCCAGAUGUUCCAGAAAGUGAGGCAAGCACAGCAGAUGCUAUUGCUGCAUCCAUUUGCUCUGCCGACCAGAUACCUGAUGCUCAGGUUAGCUUCAAUUCCAAUUACAUUGACAUAGAAAGUAAUUUUGAAGGUGGAUCUGGUUUUGUAACUGCAAAGGAGUCUCUGCCUGAAAACAUUUGCAAAGAAGGCUUGGUUUUGGGCCAGAAACAACCUACUUGGGUUCCUGAUUCAGAAGCUCCAAACUGUAUGAACUGCCAAGUUAAAUUCACUUUUACAAAACGGCGACACCACUGCCGAGCAUGUGGGAAAGUAUUUUGUGGUGUCUGUUGUAAUAGGAAAUGUAAGCUUCAGUAUCUAGAAAAGGAAGCAAGAGUGUGUGUAAUCUGCUAUGAGACUAUUAAUAAAGCUCAGGCAUUUGAAAGGAUGAUGAGUCCAGGUGGUUCUUGUCUUAAGUCUAAUCAUUCUAAUGAUUGUGCUACCACCCAGCCACUUCAGGAGACCCACACAUCCAGUAUUCCUUCUCCUACAACUUUGCCCAUCUCAGCACUGAAACAACCAAAUGUUGAAGGACCGUGCUCCAAAGAACAGAAGAGAGUGUGGUUUGCAGAUGGCAUACUGCCUAAUGGAGAGGUUGCCGAUACAACGAAACUAUCAUCUGGAAAUAAAAAAUGUCCUGAUGACUUUAGUCCUGUCUUACCUGGUGUACCCACAAUUAUAAAUAGAGUGGAUCAUACCCAUUCUACUAGGGUGGAAAAACCAAACAAUGAAAUAGGAGAUAUUCUAAGAACUGAGAUAACUCAGAGUCCUGUUUCUCAUGUUGCACCUGUGGAAAAACUGCCUCUGAGCACAGGCACUGAAGGCUUGCCCAUGCUUGGCCCUUUCACACUAGAAGAUGAUGUUUUCAUGGACAGCGAGGAGCCCUCUGCUCCUGUUGUUGUGCCUGCUCACCCUGGUUUGCCUAUUGCCAGUGUCUCAGACUACAGGUUAUUGUCUGGCAUUGCCACACGUGUCUGCACCAAGAUUAGUCUUGUACCUGAAGAUGAGGUUGGCCUGCCUCCCCUUCUGGCUGCAUCUGGAGAAGAGGGAUCAGUGCCUGUAAUACAUGAACACCCAUCUCAUGAGCAGAUCAUUUUGCUUCUUGAAGGUGAAGGAUUUCCUCCUGCCACAUUUGUUCUGAAUGCUAACCUACUUGUGAAUGUCAAGUUCAUAUUUUAUGCCUCAGAUAAAUACUGGUACUUCUCAACCAAUGGAUUGCAUGGCUUGGGACAGGCAGAAAUUAUUAUCCUGUUGCUAUGUUUGCCAAAUGAGGAUACAGUUCCUAAGGACAUCUUUAGACUAUUCAUCACCAUAUACAAGGAUGCUUUAAAAGGAAAGUACAUAGAAAACUUGGACAAUCUGACCUUUACUGAGAGUUUUCUCAAUAGCAAGGAUCACGGAGGGUUCCUGUUUAUUACACCUACCUUUCAGAAACUUGACAAUCUCCCAGUACCAAGGAGUCCUUUUCUCUGUGGCAUUCUCAUCCAGAAACUCGAGAUUCCUUGGGCAAAGGUCUUUCCUAUGCGCUUAAUGUUGAGAUUGGGAGCAGAAUACAAAGCAUAUCCUGCUCCUCUAACAAGUGUCAGAGGCAGAAAACCUCUUUUUGGAGAAACAGGACACACUAUUAUGAACUUACUUGUUGAUCUUCGAAAUUACCAGUAUACAUUGCAUAACAUCGAUCAGUUGUUGAUUCAUAUGGAAAUGGGAAAAAGCUGCAUAAAAAUACCUCGGAAAAAGUACAGUGAUGUAAUGAAGGUAAUAAACUCUUCUAAUGAGCAUGUCAUCAGCAUUGGAGCUAGUUUUAGUACAGAAGCAGAUUCUCAUCUGGUAUGUGUACAAAGUGAUGGAGUUUAUCAAACUCAGGCCAAUAGCGCUACUGGCCAGCCAAGGAAAGUGACAGGAGCGAGUUUCGUGGUAUUCAACGGUGCUCUGAAAACAUCUUCAGGAUUUCUUGCCAAGUCCAGCAUAGUUGAAGAUGGCUUAAUGGUACAAAUAACUCCAGAGACCAUGGACAGCUUACGGCUGGCUUUACGAGAGCAAAAGGACUUUAAGAUUCCUUGUGGGAAAGUGGAUGCCGUAGACCUGAGAGAAUAUGUGGACAUCUGUUGGGUGGAUUCGGAAGAAAAGAAGAAUAAAGGUGUUAUCAGUUCAGUAGACGGAAUAUCAUUAGAAGGAUUUCCAAGUGAGAAAAUAAAACUGGAAGCAGAUUUUGAAACGGAAGAGAAGACUGUGAGAUGUACUGAGGUAUUCUACUUCCUAAAGGACCAAGAUGUGUCUGUCUUGGAAACUAGUUACCAGUUUGCAAAAGAAAUAGCCACGGCUUGUAGUGCCGCGCUGUGCCCUCACCUGAGAACGCUGAAGAGUAACAGAAUGAACAGAAUUGGACUCAGAGUCUCCAUUGACACUGAUAUGGUGGAAUUUCAGGCAGGCUGUGAAGGCCAACUUCUGCCUCAGCGUUACCUAAAUGAUCUGGACAGUGCUCUGAUACCUGUGAUCCACGGUGGGACCUCCAACUCUAGUGUGCCCUUAGAAAUAGAGUUAGCAUUUUUCAUUUUAGAAAACCUUUUUGAGUGAAAGAAUGUGCUGUGUUGUAUGUUGUAAACUUAUCUGUUAACAUGAAUCCCAGCACUAAAGCUGAAAUGUUAUAAACACUAAAUGUUUGAUUGAAAUAUGUAAUUUUGCUUUUUUUAGGCAGGAAUGAUUUUUCCAAAUCAUUAGCACAAUAUAUUAAAUAUCUAAAAAUUUAAGGAAUCCACCAUUUUUAUAGCUUUAUGUUUAUUAUAAGAACUAAGGAGAAAAAUAGUUCUUCUAACUUAAAAUGUAUAGUAUUUACUGUGUAACUUAAAUGUUAAGCCAAAGUAUCUGCACUUAGUUAUACCUCUUCAUGCCCAGAUGAUUUUAAUGAAGGAGACACGUGCUUUGUGUGUAUGCUAGUGAGGAUACUGGCUUCCAGGUUUUUAAGAUGUGUUUCAGUAGUGAGGCCAGUUUCGAGAGCCGUCUAGUUCUUUGAAUAAAGCUGGUAACUAACUUAUUGGUAUAAUUGGAAUGCAGACCUACCUCCAUGAUUAGAUAAACCAUUUGAUUAAACUUAGAAUUUUGCCUUUAUUUCUUCUCAAAUUAUUUUAUAUAUAUAUACAUAUAUAUAUGUGUGUGUGUGUAUAUAUAUAAAAAUCAUUUUUUCCUGAUUAAAAUAAUUGUGGGUGCUUCAGGAGUUUGUGCUUCUAUUUAAAUCUGUUGUUUCCAUAGCAACAUAUGGUAUGAAAUGUGUUUUAUAAAUCUUUGCUAAUAUAUAAAUAGGUAAUAUUUUUGUAUCACAGUGCAUCGCUUUCUCCUUCUUUACAAAGUACACCACUGUAUCUGACAUUCUGCAGAUGAUGACAGGCCAGGUGCCCCAUGAAGUAGUCAUCGUGUAGCAAUAACUAAAGCCUGAACCAGGUUUCUGUUACUCUCGUGGUGAUCCUUAGGAAUUUCGUGAUUGACACCAAUGUAUGAAGUAUAGUUUAACAAACUUGUUCUUUUUGCAUAUUUUUAAUUCUUUCUAUGGCAGUUAUUUUUAUAAUGGGAUAUUUAACAUAAAGUUAAAGAUUGUGAUAGAGCUUUCUUGCUUAAUUCAAACAGAAGGAAAAAUGAUAAAAUGUGUCAUUUAACUUAUAUAAAAUGUAAUCAUUGUUUUGA